AUGCAAUCGGUGGUUUUCAAAGGUCCUUUGCAAGUUGCUCUGGAGGAGCGCCCACGGCCCCAAAUCAAAGAUGCUAAAGACGUGAUCGUGAAAGUACGGUACACGGCAUUAUGUGGCAGUGAAUUGCACGUCUUUCGUGGACAUCAACCCUCGGGAACGGGAUUCAUCAUGGGCCACGAAUUUACAGGCGAGGUUUUUGAAAUCGGAAAUGAAGUCAAGACCUUCAAAACAGGAGAUCGUAUUGUAUCACCCUUCACAGUCAGUUGUGGAGACUGUUUCUACUGUGAUGGCGGAUUUUCGUCGCGCUGUGCUCGAGGUCAGCUCUAUGGAUCCGCAGUUUUAGAUGGUGGACAAGCGGAAUACGUCCGUGUACCCCUAGCAGACGCCACCUUAGUCCAUGCACCCCCGACAAUCGACGAAAAAAAGUUGGUCCUGAUGGCGGACAUUUUCCCCACGGGGUAUUUUGCCGCUUCAAACGCCUUCCGCUCGCUUGACUCGGCGACCAUCGAAAAGAGCACCGUGCUCCUCUUUGGAUGCGGACCGGUGGGCAUUUGCGCUCUAGUCAGCGCCCUGGACUUUCGCCCUAAGAAUUUGAUUGCGAUCGACAGUGUGCCAUCUCGUCUUGAGCUGGCUGCAAGCCUUGGCGCGGAGGCGUGGAACUACCAACAAGAUGAGCAGGGUUUGCGGGAGAGAGUUAAGACUUUGACGGAUGGCCGGGGUGCGGAUGUUGUAAUUGAGGUUGUGGGGCAUAGUAGCGCAUUGCGGAUGGGAUUUGAGAUGUUGCGCCCGUGGGGAAUUUUGUCUAGUGUGGGCGUGCAUAAUGGCGAGAUUCCCUGGACCGGUAAUGAAGCUUAUGGGAAAAAUUUGCGUAUUCAGAUGGGACGGUGUCCUGUGCGGAGUAUUUUUGGUGAGGCCAUGGAGCUUUUGGCGAAGAAGCAGGAUGUCCUUAAUUUUAUGUCGGAUGAUAUCCGACCUCUUUCUCAAGCCGUGCAAGCUUUCGAUGAUUUCAACAACAUGCGAUGCCAGAAGGUCAUCUUUGAGGCAGAUAAGUAG